AUGGACACUGUCACAAGCUUGGUAGGUGAAAAGCCAGUGGUGAUAUUCAGCAAGAGUACUUGUUGUUUGAGCCACUCUAUAACAUCACUGAUACGUAGCUUUGGAGCAAACCCUAUUGUUUAUGAGCUUGAUAAGAUCACAAACGGGUCGCAGAUUGAGAGUGAGUUGCUUCAAAUGGGGUGCAAACCAAGUGUGCCUGCUGUUUUCAUAGGACAACAGUUCAGAGGCGGUUCUAAGAAAAUUAUGAGUCUUCAUGUGAGGAAUGAGUUAGUGCCAAUGUUGAAGGAGGCUGGUGCUAUAUGGAUUUGA